AUGUCGGUAAAUUCACCCACGGCGACCUCCGAAGCCCUCAGGGCUACGACCCUCCGUUUCAAUCGAAAAUCUUCCUCUAGCGCACCUACCGCCGCAACCAAGGCUGCGCAGGUCAGGCCAUCCAUCAGGUCGAGCCCCGGAGGGAACGGAUCGCUGAUAGCUGCGGAGCGGAGUGUUGCUAGGCGGAAACAGGAGAAUACGACUGGUCCCAUGUCACUCGACCCAUCAAACGUUGCUGCAACGCUCGCGGCAUCUCGGUACAGCUCUUCGCCGGACAAGCCCUCGGAGAGGGAGGAGGAGGUUAUUUCUGUGGCUGCUCGGAGGAAACGCUUUCAAAAGGAACUGUCACAGCUGCCUGGCGGGGGUGAAGGUGGCGGAAUCGGGCUACAUAAGAUAUCGCCGGAAAGGAGCCGGACGAAUACUCCUGACGCUGCCGUCGAUUCCUCUAAUAUCGAUGACAUUUCUUCAUUGAGGUCACUGUUUGAGAAGAGCUCGAAUGUCCCGAAACCGGCUAUACAUGCCCCGAAGCCGGUGCGGGGGAUGGAGAGUGCAUCGUUGACGGCUGCCAUACUAGCUACCCAGCUCUCUCCUUCUGCUUGCGCUUCUGCACAGAGCUCCAGGAGAGGUAGCCCUGUGCACAGGGCGCCCAAUAGGGCCUCCCCUUUCAGAGGGGGUGCUGCGGGGAAGCCUGUUUCUCUGGAAAUAGCGCCAAAGUUAUCACUUCCUCCACCUUCGCGGGAGUCUACGGUGUCAAGUGUUUCUAGGGAGAGCAAUCGGUCUAGAUCCUCAAUAGAUAAUGGCAAUACAGAUACACUUUUAGCUGCUACAUUGGCCUCAAGCCCGAAAGCACCGGACAGGCCGCGGCCCCCGCAACCGCCACCGCCACGAAGAAAGGAGAUCAGGAAGGAUCCCUCGGCAGUGCUUCGUGAAACCUCCUGCGAGCCGAAGGAUAGAUCUGAUGUCGACUCCGGUUCCGACUCCGGUUUACGAUAUGGCACCGCUCGAACGUCAAUGAGUAUUAAAACCAGCAAAGCUAGCACCUCCGCCAUUUCCCUCCCGCAAUUGUUUGCUCCCUCAGGGCCUCCACCCCUCCCUCGGCGUCCAUCAAUCGCCCAGCUAAUAUGCGACGAUCAGCCAGCCCCAAAAGCCGUCCAACUGUCACCAAGGGCCCACUCAGCCUCCACAUCUCCAUCCCGUCCAUCACCUCUACGCCCAAGCCCUAUCCCCCGCCACCGGACCGGCGACUCCAUCCUAGCAGCCUCCCUUGCCCCCUCCAGAGUCGUCUCCCCCUCUCCCCGGAAGCCGCCUGUACCGCCCGCGCCCCGCCGCCGCCGAUCACUCCCUCCUCUGCCAAAAGGCCUCCGUGAAACAAUGCGCAAACCCAGAACACCACCCAAAGAGCCAUCCCCUCAACGCAGGAACCCCCACCUCGUAAGGCUCCCCCACAAACACAGCCAAGGGGAACGCAGACGCUGGCGACACUUUGUCACAGAGGCGGAGCGGAAACGCUACGACGGUCUCUGGGCCGCCAACAAAGGCCUCCUACUACCCAGGUGGGCACCAGCACCCCCUCCACCCCGUGGCAGGACCGCAGCCCGUAACUUCGAGGACGAGCAGCACAAAUGGAGCUCCGCGCCCACAUACGCAGAGCCAUUACCCGAUUGCGUCGACUCGCUGAUCGUGCGGGACAUAUGGCGGCGUGCUAGACUACCCGACGAUCAACUUGCGGAGAUCUGGGAGCUCGUGAACCGGGGUGGGGAAGCCAGGUUGAGCCGCGAUGAGUUUAUCGUGGGCACAUGGCUAGUGGAUCAAUGUCUCAAGGGGCGGAAACUGCCCGCUAGGGUGCAGGACGAGGUCUGGGAGAGCGUCAGGCGGCUGGGUGUGAAGACCCCGGCUGGGAGGAAAUGACCGAUUGCGAAAGUGGAGGGAAAAAGGUCGGGGAAAGGGAUCGUGAGAUUUGGGACUGUGAUAUUUGGAAAAAACCUUUGAGGUUAAUCAUUCAUUGGCUCGAGGAGUUCUUUUCGCCAUGCAGUAGCCUUGCCUUAAUGAUUAAAUAGAUGAAUGGAUAAAUAAUUUAUUCCCAUCCAAUCAUCCAGGCCGCGACGUCACUAUUGUAUCGGCAGUAGAGCCCACACCGGCAAUAACAAUAAUAGCAAAUUGCUCCACCCUUAGCCAGCUGUUUUUUAAAAGCACCAUACAGGUAUCAUACAACAAU